AUGGUACUGUUAGUGUAUGUCGAUGAUAUAUUGAUUACUGGCCCUUCGCUGGCUGCCAUUCGAGAAGUGAAGGAUUUCUUCCACACCUUAUUCAUGAUCAAAGACAUUGGUGAUGCUCACUAUUUCCUUGGGUUGGAGAUUGCUCGACUUAGUGUUGGUCUCUAUGUCUUGAAGACCAAGUAUACUAUGGAUAUCACUCGAGAUGUAGGUCUAUGUCAGGCUAAAUCAACCCCUACACCCCUUCCACAAGGUUUAAGGCUUCACUUUGCCUCAGACGAUCCGCUCCCUAACCCAGACUCAUAUUAUCGUCUAGUGGAUCGCCUGGUAUAUCUGGGAUUCACUCGGCCAGACAACUCACAUUCUAUUCAACAACUUAGCCAAUUCCUCACGAAUCCUUGCAAGUCUCACUGGUUUGCGGCUCUCCAUCUGAACUCCUUAGUGCUGAAGGCUUAUUGCGAUGCAUAUUGUGGGACCGACCCAGAUUCUAGGCUUUCACUUAUAGGUUUUUGUACAUUCCUUGGAUCAGCUUUAGUAUCUUGGAAGACUAAAAAGCAACCUACAGUAUCCAGAUCUACAGUUGAAGCCGAGCAUUGCAGUCUUGCUGCCACUGUCUGCAAACUGCGCUGGCUUUCAUACAUCUUAACUGAUCUUGGUGUUUCUACCUCUCUACCCAUCGAACUUUUUUGUGAUAACAAGGCGACCUUGCACAUCCUGGCCAAUCCCAUUUUUCACGAACGAAGGAAACACAUAGAAUUGGACUGCUACUUGGUUCGUGAUGCCUAUAAAGAAGGUUUUGUCGCUCCCUCUUUCAUACAAAGUUUGUUGUAG